GCCAAGCCCUCAACAAACAGCAACCGGUAUCUAAGUGAAUCACUGCAAAGAGAGUUGGUGCUGAGAGCCAAUUAUCAAAAAUUUAAAAUCUCCUUUAGGCUUACCUAAUACAAGUUUAGCAACUAAGAGCUGCAGAGUGGCAUUCAUCUGUGACCAAAGAGCAGGAUGGACCUCAAGGACCAGAUGGGAGAAAGGGAAAUGGGAAACCAUGAACAAAUAAAGACGGAAGUGGAGAUUUGCAAAAUAAAGCAAUAAAGCGGGGGUUCUUAGAGAAGAAAGGGUAUGCAGGAGAAUGCCAGAAUACACCAACUUCAACCAGACCAGCCCUCCCACCGUCCAGGUUGGCAACUCGGGGCUGAGCCCAGACGUGAAGGCGGGGUUUCCAGACGUCCGGUCCCCGCCCGUAGGCCUCAAGGGGCGGGACUUCCUGUCGGAGCAACCCCCGUUACCUCCGGAAGAGCCGAGACCUCGACCCCGGCGGUUGCGCUUCGCGGUGCGCGCUCACACGAGAAGAUGUCCGACCCCUGGCAGGAGUGCAUGGACUUUGCGGUCACCCUCGCAAGACGAGCUGGAGAGAUGAUCUGUGAAGCUCUAAAAAAUGAGAUGAAUGUUAUGAUUAAAAGUUCUCCAGCUGACUUGGUAACAGUUACCGACCAGAAAGUUGAACAGAUGCUUCUCUCUUCUAUAAAGGAAAAGUACCCAUCUCACAGUUUCAUUGGGGAAGAAUCUGUGGCAGCUGGGGAAAAGACGGUCUUCACAGACAACCCCACGUGGAUCAUUGACCCUAUUGAUGGGACGACCAACUUUGUACACAGGUUUCCUUUUGUAGCUGUUUCUAUUGGCUUCGUUGUAAAUAAACAGAUGGAGUUUGGAGUUGUGUAUAGCUGUGUGGAAGAUAAGAUGUAUACUGGCAGGAAAGGAAAAGGUGCCUUUUGUAAUGGGCAGAAACUUCGGGUCUCACAACAGGAAGAUAUUAGCAAAUCACUCUUGGUGACUGAGUUUGGCUCGUCCAGAAAGCCAGAGACUCUACGGACCGUUCUCUCCAACAUGGAAAAGCUUUGCUCCAUUCCCAUCCAUGGAAUCCGGAGUGUCGGAACAGCUGCUGUUAACAUGUGCCUUGUGGCAACUGGAGGCGCAGAUGCAUAUUAUGAGAUGGGGAUUCACUGCUGGGACAUGGCAGGAGCUGGCAUCAUCGUCACCGAAGCGGGUGGAGUGCUGAUGGAUGUGACAGGUGGACCGUUUGAUUUGAUGUCUCGACGAAUAAUUGCAGCAAAUAAUAAAGCAUUAGCUGAAAGGAUAGCCAAAGAAAUUGAGAUAAUACCUUUACAAAGAGAUGACGAAAGUUAGUUGGCACAGAACCGUGUCCAGCUCCAUCACACUUACUGACCCUGGGAUGUUUGAGGUGUAUGGUGUCACUGAUUUAUAUUUGUCUUUGAGGUCCUGAUUUUAAAAUGGGAACAUUUUUAAAAAAUGACAUAAGCAAAACUAGAUGGAAUAUUUGAUUAUUGAAAGAAAAUUUGCAUGUAAGAAUAUCUUGGGGAAAAUAUAGAGGAAGUAUAAUUAAUGGACUAGCCAUGGAAUAGUCACCAGUCCACAUGAUCCCCUUAAAUUUUAGUGUACUAUUUAUAUGCACAGUUCUCAAUUAGAAAGUUUUCCUUUUGUAAAAGUUUUUCUCUUUAUUCCAAAAGCCAUAUUUAAUUAAGUUUGUAAGACUAUACCAGGCAGGUUCUCUCCUUGUAGACAGCCGUUUUGUUUUAUUAAUCACUGUAAUUCAGCAUCUGUCAAACAGUAGGCAAUCUAAAGUCACCUUACAAUAAAUACCAGAAGCUGCAGUUCCUGCUUCUAAUGGGUACAGUGUAAGAUGACUAUUCUAUAUCUUUGCUUCCUGUUUUGAAGUUACAGUUACGUCACUGUCCUUUUUAUAUUUCAUAUUGCCAUGCCAUUUCAUAGAACUAUGUUGCCAGAGACGAUUGCUUAUUGUGGUCAUUUCUGCAGUUGGUAGACUACUGUAUGUUGUAGGCUCCGUCUGAACCCCUGUGCUAGAGAGAAAUUUUCACAGUAUCUGAUGUAGUUAGUUAUAGUGUAACAUUUUACUAAAUGUAGUAUUCACAUUCAGAUACUUAAACUGGUUUUGGCUGUGCUGACAAAUGUAUUGUGGAAUUAAUGGUGAAUGAAGUAUUUGAUUUCUUUCCAAACUCCUUCCUUAAUUUCAUCACUACCGUCUGUAUAUUCUAUAAGGAUCUCAGGCCUCUCAAACUCAAAAAGAAAAUUUAAUGGUUCCUAUUCCUUUUUAAAGGAAUUAAUUUAUUGUCUAGCCUUGGUCCUUGGCAUAUGAACAGAUAUUUUGUUCUUAGUAUGUUUGAACCUUGUAUUUGAUAAAAUGAAGUGUUCUUGUAAGUUCCAAGGCAGGUAUUAUUUUAUUGUUGGGUGAUUUAAUAUAUUAAAUCUCUGUGAUACUCUGAUUUGGAAACUGUAGUUAAUAUAUUUCUGCUGUUAACUACAUGAUUUAAAACAUCACAUAUCAUGUAAAUUCUGUUAUAAGACAGGUUGUUUUUGAAAUUAAAUUUAUUUUAAUUAAGACUA